CGAAAUUAUUCAGCUCUUCCAUCACCUCCUCGUAACUUCAAAGUGUCUUCGGUGAGAAGUGACAGCGUUACACUGUCAUGGGAAGCUCCAACGUUGGCCGAACCGGCGAUAGAGUACGUCAUCAAGUACCGACAGAAAUAUGCCGAUUCUAACGUAUGGAAGAAGUGGAAAGUAGAUCCGCUGCUGACCAGUACCACUAUCGACCACUUGGAGCCGUUCCAGAUGUACGAGUUUGUUAUUGCGACUGUUGGAAACUUUGGUGAAGGACCAGCAUCGAUUCCUAGGGAAGCACAGACGGCAGCCGCAGCUCCAAGUCCACCAGUCAAGGUCCAAGCUCGGAGUCUGAGCCGCGAUUCUGUUCUCGUGAAAUGGUCUCCGAGUGAGAAGCCCAAUGGUAUCGUCAUCAAAUACCGUAUCUUCUACACGAACAAAGAUCGAGCGUCACCUGUAGCAUAUUGGCAAAUGCACGAAACGAAGUCCGACGAAUUGGUAGCGACAUUAUAUGGCUUGGAAACGGACACACGUUAUUUUAUCGUUGUGCAAGCACGAAACGCUAAAGGUGACAGCAAAAUGAGCGAUGUGGCUACGGUUACUACCAAGCACGGAAUACCUGGUCAACCUGUGCUACUCACCGCCAAAGCGCUGGACUCACGUCGCGUACAGCUCACUUGGGAAAAGCCUCUCUACUCGCUUCCAGUCACCGGAUACGUUGUGUGGUUCAACUCCACCGACGGCGAGAAAGAGUACACGUUGGCAUCUCCCCACGAGAAGCACAUCGUUAUGGGUCUCGAGGCCGAGAUCGAAACCUAUGCAUUUCGAGUCGCAGCGAUCUCAGCUCGAGGGCAGGGCGAAUUUUGUGAGCCCGUUGUGAUCAGGACCUUGCAAUCGACGCCUACCGGACCCCCACGCCUUCUGAACGUCACCGCUAUCUCGUCUACGGCUCUGCAUGUGCUGUGGGCUGCUCCGAAUGCUAGCGAGGGCCCUGUGGUUCAGUAUCGUGUACGGUACCGUGUUGUGACCACCGAGAAUGCCACAUCGUCGGGUGAGAGCACGAGCUAUGAGGAAAUCAUCGACGAUGAGAUUCUUGCCACGAAGGCACCCAUUUGGCACAGCACUCUGUGGAACGCAAGUGAUGUGGUGGUGAAUGUGACUGGCUUACAACCGUUCACCGUCUAUGAGGUCACCGUCGCAGCUGCCACUGUAAAUGGCUUUGGACCGGAGAGUAGCCCGCUACGACGACGGACUCAUGAAGAUGGUGAGAAUCUUGGUUUGGUCGAUAUUUUCUUAAAGUUGAUGUUUUCAGCAGACAAUGAAGAUUCUCUCCCUGCAGUAACUGAGAGGUAA